GACGUUAGAAUUCAUUGCCCCAGAUUAAUUUGAGGUUAUUGUACAACAACAAAUAAAAGUCAAAGGUUGUAUGUUUUAUAGUCUGGAGUAAAUAAAGAAAAAACUGUUUUCCACUAACAAUUUGCUCUAUUCAGCCUCUAAAAUGAGUCAAGAUAGGGAUUCGUUGCUGGACAAUAUUGAUGUAAAUCCUUCGACAUCCAGUGACUACUUUGAUAGGAUUGAAGGACUCCCUACUGAAACCCCCGGGUCCUCUAGCCUGACACCCCCUGCAAAACUUCCUCAAAUAUGGGCUGCUUUUGCAGCAACUUUAUCGGCUUUAAGUGCUGGCAUAGUUCUUGGUUGGACAUCACCAAUUGCUGCCUAUCUCACUAAUGGAAAAUACAACGAUAUUGCAAUUGAUAGCCACCAAAUGGGAUGGAUAGGGUCGUUUGCUGCUCUUGGAGCUAUGUCCAUGUGCAUUCCCACCGGAUUUGUUUGCGAUUUAAUUGGGCGCAGAAAAACCUUAUUGCUUCUGAUAAUUCCCUUUACGGGGGGAUGGGCUCUUAUUAUAUUUGCAAAAAAUAUUUUGGCCUUAUAUUUUGGCAGACUAAUUACAGGAAUGGCAGCAGGAGGCUGCUGUGUGGCGGCUCCUCUAUAUAUUGGCGAAAUUGCCCAUCAAAGCAUCAGGGGCGCCUUAGGAACGUUAUUCCAGUUAAUGAUAAUCACUGGCAUAUUUAUUUCGUAUCUCUUUGGAGUGUUCCUAACGCCUUAUAAGUUCACAGAGUUUUGUGCAUGUGUGCCUUUGAUAUUCCACAUAUUAUUUAUGUAUCAACCUGAAACGCCAAGUUACCUAAUCAAAAAAGGAUCUUAUGAAGAAGCUAAGAAGAGUCUUAUCAAACUAAGAGGUGCCAAUUAUGAUGUGGAUUCCGAAUUUACCCGCAUUGAAGGCGGCUUGAAAGAGAACACUCAAUCAGCUACUUCGCUUAAAGACAUAUUAACACAAAGACCAGUAGUGAAGGCUGUGAUAAUUUGUUUCGCAUUAAUGUUCUUCCAACAGUUCAGCGGCAUCAACGUAAUCAUAAUGUAUUCCAGUAUUAUUUUUCAAUCCACUGGCAUUGAAUUCAAUUCGAAUGUAGCCACCAUUAUAGUUGGUGCUGUGCAAGUAUGGGCCACUCUAUUUGCUAGUUUAAUAAUAGAAAAAGUCGGCAGAAAGAAACUUCUCAUUGUGUCUUUAUCAACAGUUGCCGUAAAUAGUGUAAUCCUUGGCAUCUAUUUUUCUGUAAAAACCCGAUUACAUGUGAACGGAGUCAUACUUUCCGAUAUAGCGUUUAUUCCUAUUGCAGCUGUAUGCUUAUUUGUAUUGGGAUUUUCCUUAGGUCUAGGCCCGAUUCCAUGGAUGAUCGCUUCAGAAAUUUUACCGACUGAAAUUCGAAGCAUGGUCGGUUCAGCGGCGGGAACAUUCAACUGGUGUCUCGCUUUUGUUCUUACAAAGUCCUAUUUAACCUUAUAUCAAAUUUUAGGCGAUGAUUCAAUGUUUUAUUCGUUUUCUAUUCUAUCAAUCAUUGGAGCAAUCUUUAUUAUAAUGAUGCUCCCUGAAACUAAAGGAAAAAGUGUUGCUGAAAUUCAGGACGAACUGAGCCAUUAAUUUUAACGUUCCACAAAGAUAGGACAAGUUUAGGAUUACCGUUAAACUAUUCUUAAAAGGCGUUUAUCUGUUAGGUAAAGUACACUUUCCUUGAAACUAAGACUUUCUAAUAUACAGUACAAAAGGGAACACCUCGUACAUAUUCUAUUGCGAGGCUCUCGAUAAUUCUCUUCAUUUUAUCAACGCGCUUAAGAUGCCAGGACCACCAGACUCCGAAGCGAUAAAUUGAUAUAUCAGCCACAGUUUUACAUUUAGAAAAGUUAGAUCUGAAUUUAAUUCCGCGGACUCCGAGUCCAGUUGUGAUAUACCAAGUUCCAUCCUUUAAAUACCUUUAUAAAAAAUAUAUUGUGUUCCAUGUGAAAUCAGUUUAGGACAUUGAUUUAGUUCACGUUCUAAACAGUUUCGGCCAGUUCCAGCUGGUUCCAGUUUACUUUUUAAGUCGAUCUAAAACAUCGAAUAUAUUCGUAUAAGCCUUUAUUACCUAUUGAAUUUUAAAAUCGGGUGGACCAAUCAAAUUAUGAGUGUAAAAAAAAUAUUGUUACUCGUAUGUCUAGUCAAUGUGAUUUAUAUUUAAAUAAUAUAUUUUAUUAUAUAAUUAAGUACUUACUAUACAGGGUGAUUCAGAGUUUAUCUGGCCAAAACAUGGAGAUUAGGGGCAGCAAAAUUUCGAAAAAUGGUCCGAACAGCUUUAAGACCGUUCUUGUAUUAAUGAAAAAACGCUUUAAACGAUUGCAAUUAAUUGUUUAUAUGCUUGAAAAUGUGGUAAUAUAUUUUAUACCGAUUGUUCAGAACGUUCACCGCGCAACAAUCAUAAAUACUCAUUUUUUCCUACUAUAGUAUUGUUAUAACACCUUGUCCAGGAAUCAAUUCUUCAAAUACAAUCUAUUUGUCACUUGAACUCUGUACUCAACCUGUAUAAAACACAAUUAUUGGUAUUAAAUUAAAUGUGCAAUUA